GCCGUCCGGCCGUCCGUCCGUCCGUCCGUCCGUGCGGAGAGGAGGGCCGGAGGGAGCCCCGCCCGCCUGCCCAGCGCCUGAGUGAGAGAAAAUGUCAGUCAGCAUGCAUGAAAAUCGCAAGUCCCGGGCCAGCACGGGCUCCAUCAACAUCUACCUGUUCCACAAAUCGUCCUACGCCGACAGCGUCCUCACUCACCUGAACCUGCUGCGCCAGCAGCGCCUAUUUACGGACGUCCUGCUCCACGCGGGGAACCGGACCUUCCCCUGCCACCGGGCCGUCCUGGCGGCCUGCAGCCGCUACUUCGAAGCCAUGUUCAGCGGCGGCCUCAAAGAGAGCCAGGCCAGCGAAGUGAACUUCCACAACUCCAUCCACCCGGAAGUCUUAGAGCUCCUGCUGGACUACGCCUACUCGUCCCGGGUGAUCAUCAACGAGGAGAACGCCGAGUCGCUCCUGGAAGCCGGGGACAUGCUGGAAUUCCAGGACAUCCGAGAUGCCUGCGCGGAAUUCCUGGAGAAGAACCUGCACCCCACCAACUGCCUGGGCAUGCUGCUGCUGUCGGACGCCCACCAGUGCACCAAGCUGUACGAGCUCUCCUGGCGGAUGUGCCUGAGCAACUUCCAGGCCAUCAGUAAGAACGAAGACUUUCUCCAGCUGCCCCAGGACAUGGUGGUGCAGCUCCUGUCCAGCGAAGAGCUGGAGACGGAGGACGAGAGGCUGGUCUAUGAGUCCGCCAUCAAUUGGAUCAGCUACGACCUGAACAAGCGGCACUGCCACCUCCCCGAGCUGCUGCAGACGGUGCGGCUGGCCCUGCUCCCGGCCAUCUAUCUGAUGGAGAACGUGGCCAUGGAGGAGCUCGUCACCAAGCAGAGGAAGAGCAAGGAGAUCGUGGAGGAAGCGAUCCGCUGCAAGUUGAGGAUCCUGCAGAACGACGGGGUGGUCACCAGCCUGUGCGCCCGGCCGCGCAAGACCGGCCACGCCCUCUUCCUCCUCGGCGGGCAGACCUUCAUGUGCGACAAGCUGUACCUGGUGGACCAGAAGGCCAAGGAGAUCAUCCCUAAGGCCGACAUCCCCAGCCCCCGCAAGGAGUUCAGCGCCUGCGCCAUCGGCUGCAAAGUGUACAUCACCGGGGGCCGGGGCUCGGAGAACGGGGUCUCCAAAGACGUCUGGGUGUACGACACUCUGCACGAGGAGUGGUCCAAAGCCGCCCCCAUGCUUGUGGCCAGAUUUGGCCAUGGCUCCGCCGAACUCAAGCACUGCCUCUAUGUCGUCGGUGGUCACACGGCAGCCACCGGCUGCCUCCCGGCCUCCCCGUCGGUGUCACUGAAGCAAGUGGAGCAGUACGAUCCCGGGACCAACAAGUGGACCAUGGUGGCCCCGCUCCGGGAAGGGGUGAGCAACGCCGCGGUCGUGAGCGCCAAACUGAAGCUGUUUGCUUUCGGCGGGACCAGCGUCAGCCACGAUAAGCUCCCCAAAGUCCAGUGUUACGAUCAGUGCGAGAACCGGUGGACCGUCCCGGCUACCUGCCCCCAGCCCUGGCGCUACACGGCCGCCGCCGUGCUGGGGAACCAGAUUUUCAUCAUGGGCGGGGACACGGAAUUCUCCGCCUGUUCGGCCUAUAAGUUCAACAGCGAGACCUACCAGUGGACUAAGGUGGGAGACGUGACCGCUAAGCGAAUGAGCUGCCACGCGGUUGCAUCCGGAAACAAACUCUAUGUUGUCGGCGGCUAUUUCGGCAUUCAGAGGUGCAAGACCUUGGACUGCUACGAUCCUACGCUAGACGUGUGGAACAGCAUAACCACGGUCCCGUACUCCCUCAUUCCCACGGCGUUUGUCAGCACCUGGAAACAUCUUCCUUCUUAAUCCCGAGGUCUGCCAGGCAGAUACCGGUUAGCAGCCACUCUAUAUCUUGAUGAAGCAAAUGAACUUCAGCUUUGGAGAAGUGGAUUUUCACAAAGAAAAUACACUUAAUAAUUCUGGAAUGGAACAACAUGCUCUGCACCUUGUAUAUCUUCCAGCCUGGACAUGAAGGAAUGGGAGAGGGAGU